AUGGAGCUGCUUAUUCAAAUACCACGGCUGCUAUGGUGCUGCUUAUUCAAAUACCGCGGCUGCUAUGGUGCUGCUUAUUCAAAUACCGCGGCUGCAAUGGUGCUGCUUAUUCAAAUACCGCGGCUGCAAUGGUUCUGCUUAUUCAAAUAUCGCGGCUUCCAUUGUGCUGCUUAUUCAAAUACCGCGGCUGCAAUGAUGCUGCUUAUUCAAAUACCGCGGCUGCCAUUGUGCUGCUUAUUCAAAUACCGCGGCUGCCAUGGAGCUGCUUAUUCAAAUACCGCGGCUGCCAUGGUGCUGCUUAUUCAAAUACCGCGGCUGCCAUGGUGCUGCUUAUUCAAAUACCGCGGCUGCUAUGGAGCUGCUUAUUCAAAUACCUCGGCUGCUAUGGGGCUGCUUAUUCAAAUACCGUGGCUGCCAUGGUGCUGCUUAUUCAAAUACAGCGGCUGCCAUGGUGCUGCUUAUUCAAAGACCGCGGCUGCCAUGGUGCUGCUUAUUCAAAUACCGCGGCUGCCAUGGUGCUGCUUAUUCAAAUACCGCGGCUGCUAUGGAGCUGCUUAUUCAAAUACCUCGGCUGCCAUGGGGCUGCUUAUUCAAAUACCGCGGCUGCUAUGGUGCUGCUUAUUCAAAUACCGCGGCUGCUAUGGUGCUGCUUAUUCAAAUACAGCGGCUGCUAUGGGGCUGUUUAUUCAAAUACCGCGGCUGCCAUGGUGCUGCUUAUUCAAAUACCGCGGCUGCUAUGGUGCUGCUUAUUCAAAUACCGCGGCUGCUAUGGUGCUGCUUAUUCAAAUACCGCGGCUGCAAUGGUGCUGCUUAUUGAAAUACCGCGGCUGCUAUGGUGCUGCUUAUUCAAAUACCGCGGCUGCUAUGGUGCUGCUUAUUCAAAUACCGCGGCUGCUAUGGUGCUGCUUAUUCAAAUACCGCGGCUGCAAUGGUGCUGCUUAUUCAAAUACCGCGGCUGCUAUGGUGCUGCUUAUUCAAAUACCGCGGCUGCUAUGGUGCUGCUUAUUCAAAUACCGCGGCUGCUAUGGUGCUGCUUAUUCAAAUACAGCGGCUGCUAUGGGGCUGCUUAUUAAAAUACCGCGGCUGCUAUGGUGCUGCUUAUUCAAAUACAGCGGCUGCUAUGGGGCUGCUUAUUCAAAUACCGCGGCUGCCAUGGUGCUGCUUAUUCAAAUACCGCGGCUGCCAUGGUGCUGCUUAUUCAAAUACCGCGGCUGCCAUGGUGCUGCUUAUUCAAAGACCGUGGCUGCCAUGGAGCUGCUUAUUCAAAUACCGUGGCUGCCAUGGUGCGGCUUAUUCAAAUACUGCGGCUGCUAUGGGGCUGCUUAUUCAAAUACCGCGGCUACUAUGGUGCUGCUUAUUCAAAUACCGUGGCUGCCAUGGUGCUGCUUAUUCAAAUACUGCGGCUGCUAUUGGGCUGCUUAUUCAAAUACCGCGGCUGCUAUGGUGCUGCUUAUUCAAAUACCGCGGCUGCUAUGGUGCUGCUUAUUCAAAUACAGCGGCUGCUAUGGGGCUGCUUAUUCAAAUACCGCGACUGCCAUGGUGCUGCUUAUUCAAAUACCGCGGCUGCCAUGGUGCUGCUUAUUCAAAUACCGCGGCUGCCAUGGUGCUGCUUAUUCAAAUACCGCGGCUGCUAUGGAGCUGCUUAUUCAAAUACAUCGGCUGCUAUGGGGCUGCUUAUUCAAAUACCGCGGCUGGUAUGGUGCUGCUUAUUCAAAUACCACGGCUGCCAUGGUGCUGCUUAUUCAAAUACCAAGGCUGCCAUGGUGCUGUUUAUUCAAAUACCGCGGCUGCCAUGGUGCUGCUUUUCAAAUACCGCGGCUGCUAUGGUGCUGCUUAAUACCGCGGCUGCUAUGGUGCUGCUUAUUCAAAUACCGCGGCUGCUAUGGUGCUGCUUAUUCAAAUACCGCGGCUGCCAUGGUGCUGCUUAUUCAAAUACCGCGGCUGCCAUGGUGCUGCUUAUUCAAAUACCGCGGCUGCCAUGGUGCUGCUUAUUCAAAUACCGCGGCUGCUAUGGUGCUGCUUAUUCAAAUACCACGGCUGCUAUGGUGCUGCUUAUUUAAAUACCGCGGUUCUAUGGUGCUGCUUAUUCAAAUACCGCGGCUGCUAUGGUGCUGCUUAUUCAAAUACCGCGGCUGCCAUGGAGCUGCUUAUUCAAAUACCGCUGCUGCCAUGGUGCUGCUUAUUCAAAUACCGCGGCUGCCAUGGAGCUGCUUAUUCAAAUACCGCGGCUGCCAUGGUGCUGCUUAUUCAAAUACCGCGGCUGCCAUGGUGCUGCUUAUUCAAAUACCGCGGCUGCCAUGGUGCUGCUUAUUCAAAUACCGCUGCUGCCAUGGUGCUGCUUAUUCAAAUACCGCGGCUGCCAUGGUGCUGCUUAUUCAAAUACCGCGGCUGCUAUGGUGCUGCUUAUUCAAAUACCGCGGCUGCUAUGGUGCUGCUUAUUCAAAUACCGCGGCUGCUAUGGUGCUGCUUAUUCAAAUACCGCGGCUGCCAUGGUGCUGCUUAUUCAAAUACCGCGGCUGCCAUGGUGCUGCUUAUUCAAAUACCGCGGCUGCCAUGGUGCUGCUUAUUCAAAUACCGCGGCUGCCAUGGUGCUGCUUAUUCAAAUACCGCGGCUGCCAUGGUGCUGCUUAUUCAAAUACCGCGGCGAGCCAUGGUGCUGCUUAUUCAAAUACCGUGCCAUGGAGCUGCUUAUUCAAAUACCGGCUGCCAUGGUGCUGCUUAUUCAAAUACCGCGGCUGCCAUGGUGCUGCUUAUUCAAAUACCGCGGCUGCUAUGGUGCUGCUUUUUCAAAUACCGCUCUGCCAUGGUGCUGCUUAUUCAAAUACCGCGGCUGCUAUGGUGCUGCUUAUUCAAAUACCGCGGCUGCUAUGGAGCUGCUUAUUCAAAUAA